UUCGGGGAGGGAGCAGGGUUUGGGGUGCACACGCGGGAGGGGCUGCAUUGGGGAGGGGAUAGGUUUGGGGGUGCUCGGCACUGGUGGGCUGCACUGGAGAGGGAUUUGGGGUACACAGGACUUGGGGGGACUGCAGAGGGGCAGCGGGUGCCUGGGGAGGAUUUAGAAGGUGCUCAGGAAUUUUAGAGUGCUGGGGAGGGAUUUUAGGGGUGCACAGGAGCAGUUCAUUGGAGGACAGGGGCUCCUGGGGCAGAAUUUAGGGAUGCCCCAGGGUUGGCAUUAUGUGGGGGGGUCUGCAUUGGGGUGGGACGUAAUUUAGGAGUGCUCCUCUGGUGGCUGCAUUUGGGAGAAGGGCUCUAGGGGGCACCAGAAUAGUUUGAGGGGUGCUGCUUGCCAACAAAGUGAGAGGGUUUGGGAGGGAGAAGGGAGGGAGUGGUAAUUUGAGGGGCUGUUUCCUUGCAGGGGAAUUCAGGGGACUCUUAAUUUGGGAGCUAUAUGCCCUGGAGAUUUGAGGGGCUGGGGGGUUCCCCUUAAAUAUGAGGGCUCACCUGUGGAUUUGAGGGGGCUGCAUCGGAAUUGGGGAGUGCCCGUGAAGGAGGAGUCCCCGCUACCCUCCCAGAGCCAUGUCUUCUUUCGGGGACUCCAACGAGUGGUACAUGGGGUCGCUAAGCCGCCAGCAGGCUGCAGCCUGUCUCCAGGGUCACCGGCCUGGCACCUUCCUGGUGAGAGACAGCUCCACCUGCCCUGGGGACUACGUCCUCUCGGUCAGCGAGAACGCCAAGGUGUCUCACUACAUCAUUAACAGCCUGCCGGGCCGUCUGAAGAUCGGGGAUCAGGAGUUCGAGGGACUCCCAGCACUGCUGGAUUUCUACCGGGUGCAUUAUCUGGACACCACCACGCUUGUGGUGCCUGUGUGCCGGGGCCCUGCGUUGCCCGGCCCGGCCCCACCACCCCCCGCCGAGGGGGCAGGGGACCCAGUGGCACUGGCUGCUGGCCCCACCCAGGCCUGCGAGUGGGUGCAGGCUCUCUACGACUUUGGCGGCAAUGAUCAGGAGGACCUGCCCUUCCGCAAGGGGGAUCCCCUCCGGGUGCUGGGCAAGCCGGAGGAGCAGUGGUGGACGGCCCAGCGGGUCGAUGGGCGGGUGGGCAUGAUCCCGGUGCCCUAUGUCCAGCCCUGGCGCCCCCAGGCCGGCAUUCUGCUGGGGCCCUAUGCCCACCCAAGUGUAGGCAGCCCCCCGGUGCCCCUGCCCAGCCCCCGCAAUGGCCCGGUGGUGGCCAGGGCAGUACAGCGGCGGGUACCCAAUGCCUACGACAAGACGGCGCUGGCUUUUGAGGUGGGUGACAUCAUCACGGUGACGAAGAUGAACAUCAACGGGCAGUGGGAGGGGCAGCUGAACGGGCGCAGCGGGCACUUCCCCUUCACCCACGUCCAGAUCCUCGAACCCCAGAGCCCCAAGGAAGCCAGCUGAGCCCUGCAACCCUUGAACUGUGACCCCAGGCCAGUCAGCUGACCCCGCAACCCCUGAACUCUGACCUGGGGUGGCUGGCUGAGCCCUGUGACCUCUGAACUCAGACCCAGGAAGGCUGACUGAGCCCCAUGACCCAAGAAAUCUGACCCCAGGUUGGCCAGCUGUGACCUCCUGGUCCCCUGAACCUUGGACAGUUGCAAUUUGACCCUUCUGUUUAUGAACUUUGACACUUAAUUGGCUACCUGAACUUUGACCUUUUGAUUUGUUGUGGGUUGGCCACUUAGUUACAGAGUGUUGAACUUUGACCCUUGGCCCCUUACCUGUGUACUUCAGCCUUUGGCUGAUUAACCUUUGACCCUUGGCCACUUGAAGCAGACUUGUGUGUCAUUCACCUUUUAAUCUCACUACAAUCAAUAUAUGACCUUUGAACUCAUAGCCUCUGACCUUUCAACCCCAGGUUGUUGGCCCUUGGGCCUCCUCUGGCUCUUUGACACCUUGACUUUAACCACUAUUACUUCUGGGUCAUGACCCCCGAUACGCACCCAUGGUGUAUUUCAUGCAGAUGCUGUUUGCACGUCAAUUAAUGUGGGGGGUGGGAUCCUGGUUCUGACUGGAGGACCGAGGUCUGGAUCCGGGUCCAAAUGGCCCUUCCCCAUCUCUGAGGUCUGAACACCCCCAUGUGUGUGAUGCGCCCUGUGUUCCUGCUACAUUAAAGCUCCUGGUGAUGA